AUGUCAAGUCGCUUAACGAAUUCAUGGACCAAGAAACUCCAAAAAAAAGAAAUGCAGCGCCAACUUUUGCUUCUGAGGCGGAAGAGGCUUCGAAAUAUCAUUCGUUUGGUGAGUCAGGAGUCUUUUGUAACUCCUACUGAAGAAGUCGAAGAGGCUCGCUAUGUACAUGACUACAUCAACGGACGGCUGAAGAAGAAACCUGGACGCAAAAGAAAGGAGCGUGAAGAGAGGAGAGAGCGUUUACCUGGUGACAUUGAUCCUGAUUUGCCAUACUAUAGACGAGAGAUGUGGGAAAAGCGACUCAAAGUUGGAGGAAGAUUUGCGAAAAAAGGCAGAAAAGGUACGACUGUGAAAAGAAUGCCGAUAAAAAGGAUGUCGUUUCUGUGGAUGAAUCUUCUGAGCGGAAAGAAGGUGAACCGGUUGCAGAAAGCACUGAAAAGAUCAGUGUGGAGCAGCCAGAAAAAGCUGCAUAUUCUGGAAGAUGCCAAAGAAAUCAAGGAGAUUAAAGAGUCCAUAGUAGCCGAAGAGACCAAACCAGUACCUCCCAAUCAGGAGCAAAAUGUUUCUGAAAAAGUUAUACCAUCAACAGACGAGCCAAAGAGUACGGCUGAGUCAAACAAUGAACCUGUUACCGAUAUCAAGGGUGAGGAUGUUGUGGAGACUCUUAAUGGAAACAGACCAGAGGAAAAUAAUACGCAUGUUCCAGAAGAAACCACAAAUAAGAGCCCUACUCCUUCCAGUAAGCAAGUCAAAUUUGCCGACAACGAGGGUUCGGUAAUGGACAAAGAGGGAACGCUUGAAGAAGGUGCCGAGGUCUUUGAAGGUCCUGUUCAGCGCAUAGCUCGAAACAUGAUUUAUUUCCUUGAAUUGGACGAAAAGAUUGACAAUGUCAAGCUUAAAGCAUACCUUUUUGGCGAGCAGUCUCUUUUGCCAGCUUCGAGAAGAUACCGUGAUUUAGAAACAAUUGUACGAAUUGGUCAGGCGGUGAAUCCUUACGCCGUGGUGAAAGAUGAACGAGAUGAGCUCUUGGAGCCAGCGACCGAAUUGACAGAGGAAGAUUCUCGGUUUGAUGAACUUAAAAAGUUGCCCAAGCUAGGAGUAACAGAAAUGAUUUAUGAAGACGAUGAAGACGAAAUGGAGGAAGAAACUGCUGAAAUUGUGUUGAAUACCGAGGCUCCCAGUGGUCUCUACUUGCCCAAUGGAAACAAAAAGGCUUGUCUCAUUUCCGGUGCUGAAGUUCGAUACUUUGAUCCGGCUCUUGGGGUGCCCUACAGCACAGUGGAGGUUUACAAGUUAUUGAAACAGAUGGAAACGGGUACUAUUCCUUGGUACUCUAUAGAACGAGGGUACAACGACUUUGGCUCUGCGGAAAUCUACCUCGGAUCUAGGGACGGUGAAGUUAGACAUGCCAAGGGUGUACCGGAAGGGUUUGAUGGGUGA